AUGUUGAUCGCUAUUUUUCUCACCCUAUUUUUAUGGCCGCGCCUAUCGAUUGAUGCCCUACAAUCACCAUGGCGCCAACGAAGCCCGGACGACUGGAAUGGAAUCCAGCUCGGCUUCGAUCCGCGUGUGGGUAUUACCGAUCCGUUCGCCAGAAACGCCGCGAAACCGGUGUACGAGUUUGAAUACGGCGACUUUGGCGAUCAGCCUCCAGCUGAGCAAGCCCGAAAAAGCCCGACACCUGAAAGGCCACUAUCAGAGCUCGUAACCCGCUCAGAUGUCCCCUCCACCGAUCCUGACCACAAAAAGAAAAAUGAUGCCGCGCUGAGGGAGAAUUUGAAACUACGCCAAUACACCGGUGUUCUAAAUUCCUGGUCGACGGACCUGGACGGUUUCCACAGGUUCGCCAUCGAGAAGGGCAGGACGCGGUUGAUGCCAUUUCUCGGGUUGGACCCAGCGAACAACCUAGUCGAUCGCCAGUUAAUCGACAAGUUGCGGAAGCAACUGGUGUGCCGCAGCAUGUCCGAGAAGAGGUGGCCCAGUUCCAGCGCGACGUGCCGGACGUCAGAAAGCGAUUCGCAAAGCUGUCCAACGAAUUACAUCCAGGAAAGUUUAACUUGCAAGAGCAAA